AUGUCGUCCGCAGGCAGUCCUUCGCGCGCGCGGCAAGCAGAAGAAGAUUCUCAAGAUUCCGGAGAAGACAUUGCAGGAGGAAAUAAGCGCGGACUGAUCGCUGGUAGCGAAGAGGAUGCGGAGGAGGAUGAUUCGAGCGAGGAGGAUGAGGAUGAUGAUCCGGAAGAAGCGCGCAGGAUCGCUCAAGGGUUCAUCGUGGAUGAGGAGGAGGAUGAGGAGCAGGAAGAUGACGACGAGCAGGAAAGGAGGAGAAAGAGGAAGCGGAGAAAACAAAAGAGGAGAAGACAGCUCGGUGAGUCUUCUUUUGGGGUAAGAGGCAGCGACGCGAUGGAGAGAGAGAGAGAGUGCGAGAAAAAGGGUGUGGGGCUGAUCGCACGCCGCAUGUAUGCAUCGCUGCCUUGCCGUUUUCCCUACCACCGUACAGAGGAAGAGAAUGAGGAGCUGGACGAAGACGAUUUGGAUCUGCUGGCAGAGAACACUGGCGUCAAGCGAAGAAAAGAGGAGAGGAAACUCAAACGUUUUCGUCGAGGUUCAGCUACGCCCGCGCCCGAACCUCGUCCCGAUUCGCGUCCCGAAGAUCUGAGUCACAUGUUCGACGAUGAUGACGAGGAUGGUCCAGCUGCAGCUGUCGCUGCAACUGCUAAAAGGCGCGCAGACACUUAUGAGGAGGAGGAGGAGGAGGAGGAGGAUGACGGCUUGCCAUCGGCUGCCAAUGCCCUUCGUCGCACGACGGAUGCAAGAUCGAGGCGUGAGCGCGAUUUGGCCGCUCAAGCUGCUCCUUCUGGCUUCGAAGACGACAUGGAAGAUUUCAUCGACGAUGAUGAGGAUUCCGACAUGGACGCAUCCAUCUCUGACGGAGAGAGGGAAGCUCGUCGAGCGGAAAAGCGCAGAUUGAGAAAGGAAGAGAGGGAAGCGAGAAAGGCUUCCAAAUCCGGCUUGGACCUCGACCCUACGCGCGCGGGCAUCGAUCAGGAUCAGUGGGAAGAGCUCAAUGAUGUGUUUGGAAAUGGCGAAGAUUACGCUUGGGCUUUCAAAAAGGGCGAUAGGGAAGGCGAAGAGGGAGCGCUGGAAGAAGAAGAAGAAGACGAAAUGUACGAGGAUGAGCUGGCGGAUGAGCAGAGAAAGAAGAAGCUCGAGUUCAAAGACGUGAGUACAGCAUUUUUUGUGCACCUUCUUUGUUCGUCUCAGCGCUUGACUUGACGCUCCCUGCCAUGCUCGCGCCAACACAUGCAGAUCUUUGAGCCGGCUGCGAUCAAGGAGCGCAUGCUGACCGACGACGACGACCGCAUCCGUCGAGCCGACUUUCCCGAGCGGUGGCAACUGGCACUGCCGGGCGAGGAUGGGCUGCAGCUGCUAGAGAGACAACUCACCUCUUCCGAGCUGGACGAUGCAGCUCGAUGGGUCAAUGCACGCAUAUCGCAACGAUGCUACAGGCUCUUCCUCUCGCCCGAAGGCGAGUUCAAUCAAUUCUUGGGCGUCUGGCAGCAAUGCGUUCGCACGACUGUUGCGCACGUCUUGAACAAGCGCAGAGAUGCCAUGUAUCUGUACGUCCAUCAUGCGGACGAGCAUGAGCUCAGGACGCAGCACAAUUUCGGCGCGGGAAAUAGACAGGGAGCUACGAUCAUCACGCUGCUCAACAGGCGCGAUUUGCAGAGCCUCGUCUCGGCUUGCUUGCGCUUCAAAUCCCUGCUGGCUCGCAAGGACAGCUUAAGAAAGUUGUUCGAGCGACUGCUUCAGGACGACGUCAACGCCACUCAGGAAAAUCAGUCGCUGGCUGUCGCGCCGAUCGUGCCCAAGGGAGCACCUAGUCAAGAGCAACGCAACGAGUUUGCGCAGCUGCUUGCGCGCGCAGAGAGCACAGAGGAGGUCGCGGAUGUGGCGGAUUGGCUCAAUAUGCAGUUUGGCCAGAAGCUGCGGGACGCGCAGGCUAUAGAGACGGGCCUGUCCCUCAAUGGCGGAUCAGCAACGACCUUCAAGAAGCCCGCGAUCGUCAGUCGAUACGAGCGCGUCAAAGCUACGAUGGCGUUGGACUUUGCUCGCAAGGUGGCCAUGCCCGCUGCGCACCUCUACAAGAAUUACGAAGCUGCGCACGGUAGACCGUACACUUGGCAAGAUCCGACAGAGGACCCAGCCACGCUAGCUGGUCAGUACUUUGACGCGGCUGCCAACAUGCUCUCGGCGGAGCGCGUCUUGGACGAAGCCAAGCUGCUGCUGGCAAACGAGAUUGGACGUGAUCCAUCGAUGAGGCAAGUGGUGCGCAGUCUGUUUAGAGACUUUGCCUUCGUCAGCGUCGCUCCGACAGAACGCGGCGAGUCGGUGAUUCACGAGGAACAUCCAUUCUACAAUUUCAAGUACCUGAUAUCGAAGCCCGUGCCCGAGUUCAGGGAGCAUCAAGCUCCAAUGGAAGGUCAGCUGGCUCCGGCCGUGCCGAAUCCUGUUCAAUUUCUGCUCAUGCUCGAAGCGGAAGAGAAGCUGCUGGUCAAUAUCGACGUUCGACUCUCUCCUCACCAGGUUCAAGGCUUUGAGGAUCGCUUGACCGCUAAUUUUGCAGGAGAACAUUCCACUGCGACUUCGUACGCGUGGACGGACUUUAGGAGGGAAGUCAUCAAGGCUGCGUUGGAGGACUUUCUGCUGCCCGUGGGAAAGACUUGGGUCAAGGAGUGGUUGAGAGAGGAGUGCCAAGACUGGCUUGGGCGUGCUUGCGAGGUUCAACUGAGUAGGGUGAGUUGGUUGCGUGCGAUUGUAGAAUGCUGUAUAGACCCUGACUCGGCGCGCUGGAAUGGCUUCUUUACGCGCAGCGCAUCGAUUGCAAACCUUACCAGUCGAAGUCGAUGCAUGCUCGACUUCGCGACGAGAAGGACGCUCCAAGCCAAUGGGACGCGGAACAGGAUGAUGAGGACGACACGCUAGUCGGCGACAAGCACUCUAGCACAGUCCCUUCUGUUCUCGCAAUCUCUGCUGGCCAAGGAGACCCGCGAAGAGACACUACGAAGGCCGUCUUUCUCAACGCACGCGGCAAGCUCAUCGAGGGCAGCACAUUUGAUGGACUUGCGCCUCCGCGAGGACACGCAAACGAUGCGGGUGUGUCCUUGCAGCGCAUCGACGAGCGCGAUCUGACAUCGCUGCCCAGCAAGGACAGAGAGACCUACCAAUCUCGCAUGGCCUUUAUCGACUUGCUGAAGAGACGAAGACCAGACGUUGUUGUGGUCAACGGCUUUAGCGCUCGCACCGUGGCGCUCAGAUCGCUGGCACAGCUGAUGGCUACCAAGGCAGAGGAAGAGCUCGUGUCAGAAAGCAGAUUGCCACCUCUUGGUACGCCACAAGGCACAGCGGAGCGCGAAAAGCUCUGCAUCGACGUCAUCUCUGUGGACGACGAUGUUGCUCGUCUUUAUCAGCACAGCGCGCGAGCAGCGGACGAACAUCCCUCGCUGGACGUCUUGACCCGCUACUGCGUCGCUCUGGCUCGAUAUGCCCAAUCGCCGCUGAACGAAUUUGCGGCGCUGGAAGAAGGCGAUUUGCUUUCCGUUCGGUACGACGCCAAUCAGCAGCUCUUGCCCAAAGCCAAGCUGGCCAUGCACCUCGAAAGAGCCAUCUCCGCUUCGGUCUGCCACAUGUGCAUCGACAUCAAUCGAGCAUCCACGGACGCUUACUAUGCAGCUAUGCUCAAGUUCGUCAGCGGACUGGGUCCACGCAAAGCUACUGCGCUGAUUCAGACCAUCAAGGCUGAGCUCGAGGGUGUGGUGAUCAACAGGCUCAGCUUGCUCAUCGGCGCUCAAGAUAGUCUGAUGCGCGAGAGCGAGGUGGAGAUCUUGACGCUGGAAGUGUGGCACAAUGCGUGCCCAUUCUUGGUUGUGCGUGGAGUCAAGUCGCAAAGGUACCAGGGAUCGCCAGACGUGCUGGACGGUACGCGCAUUCAUCCGGAAAACUACAGAUAUGCCAGGUUCAUUGCGUUUGACGCGCUGCAGAAGAACGAGGAGGAUUUGGAUCCGAACGAACAUCCCUCUCAGUUUUGCUCGGAACUGCUCAGGGAUCAGCGUCGCGAGGCAAAGGUGUCGACGAUAGAUUUGAGCGACUACGAGGCGAAGCUUUUGCAAGAGCAGCAGGACAAGGGCGAGACGCCCAGCAGGAAGCUCACCCUGCUCAACAUGGUUGCUCGGGAACUGGUCUAUCCGUGCGUGGAUGCGCGGGCCGCUUUUGUGCGCCCGACUUCGGACGCCUUGUUGUCUUCCCUCACGGGCGAAACGAGCCAAACACUGUCUGGCAUUGUGGCCGUCACUGUGGUCAGCGUGCAGCCGGAGCACGUCAUCGUUCGACUAGCUUCGGGCAUCGAGGGCACAAUCAAUGGCGAGUACCUCAGGCCAUACCCUAGCGAGUACUACCAGAUGGAACAGAUCCGACCUCCUUCGUUGCGGGACAUUGUCAAGCCGAUGCAGACCAUCAAUGCUCAGAUCAUUGAUGUGGACAAGGACACUUUUCGCGUCGAACUCACUGCGAGACCAGACCACUUGGAAAAUGCGGCGGCGCAUCCUAGCGGUAGAGCAGUCCUGCCUGAUCAACGAUACUUUGACCACGAAGCGGCGGCGAUGGCAAAGGCCAAAGCGGAGGAUGAGGUGCGACGAAAGAUGAAUUUGAGAAAUGUCAGAUCCAUCAAUCAUCCGUACUACAAGAACUUCAACUCGACUCAGGCCGAACAAUACUUGGCCGACUCCAAAUUUGAUAUCGGAGAAGCAAUCGUCAGACGAAGUUCAAAAGGCAGCGACCAUCUGGCGGUGACGUGGAAGGUUGCGCCUGGUGUAUUCCAGCACGUUGGUGAGUGCCAGAUGAGAGCUUGCUCGAGGCGGCAAAAAGUUGAAGGCCAUGCGCUACUUGCACGCACUUUGCAGAUGUCCUCGAGCUGGACAAGGAAAACGAGUACGAGUUGGGCCGAACGCUGCGCGUCGGCAAUAUGGGCUCGUACUCGGACAUCGACGAGCUGUUGGUCGGUCACAUUGCCCCGAUGGCUGCGAUGGUGAGGCAACUGCUUCAUCACGAAAAGUACCAAGGCGAGGAAGCGCAAUUGGGUGAGUCGUGCGCGCCAACCUCCUCCUCUUCAUACCGCCCUCACACUUUUUGCUUUCUCACGCAUUUUUUGCCAUGCAAGAUCAAGUCCUGAUCAGCUUUACGCAAGCAAAUCCGAACCGCAGCACGUACGGUUUUGCAUUGGACCGGAAGCGCCCUGGCGCGUUUAUUUUGGGCUUUAAAGCGAAUAGGGAUGCAAAGAUUCAAAAAUGGCCCGUCAAGGUGCUACCUGGUCGUUUCAAGCUGCUCGAGACGGACCAUUUGCCCAACGUUACGGCGCUGUGUGAGUAGUGCGGGCGUCGGUAGACGGAUUGUUGAGGUGCUGCUUUCCCCCUUGCUGACAUGGCAUCUCCGCGCGCCGAUCCUUGUAGGCAACUCGUUCAAAUCGCAAUACACCUCGAUGGUAGGCAUGCAGCGCGGAGGCAGGACUCCAGGUGGAGGUCUCGGCGGCGCUACUCCGCGCGCAUUGGGUAUGGGCACCACACCCUACGGAGCUGGGCUUGGCUCUGCGACUCCUGGUGGGCCGCUAGGCGGACGCACGCCUGGACGUUACGCGGCGUACGGUGCUGGAUCUGCUACUCCUGGCGCGCUGGGAAUGCGAACACCGUACGGUGCAGCAGCUGCGACGGGCUCCAUGACGCCCGGCGCUGCUGCUGCUGCUGCUGCUCGGCUGGGCGGCACUGGGCAGACGCCAAAUCCCUACGCAGCAGCAGCAGCAGCAGGAGCAGGAUCAGCAAGCGUCUCGCGCACGCCGAAUCCGUAUGCGCGAACGCCCAAUCCUUAUGGAGCGCCCGCCACUCCGCAGCAUCAACAUCAGCCUCAGCAUCAGCAGCAAGGAGGACCAUUUGGAGCAUCAAGACCUGGCGCGCCUCCGUCAGCUCCGAUGGGCUUUGCAGCAAUGCCACCUGGCGCUCCGCCCGCACCUCCUCCAGGCUUUCCCAACGCUCAACCUCCCGGUCCUCCUCCUUCCCGACCGCCUUCAAACGUGCAUCCCGACAGGUGGGCUAUGCAGCAGGGAGGCGCUUACUAA